AUGAAUAAGAUUGGAGUUUAAGAUGAAAAGAUUUCAAUAAAUGGAAGAAUUCUUACGGUUCCAAAACAUCUUAUUAGAAAAGUGUCUAAAAUAUUAAAAGAUGAGCUAGGAAUAGAUUUGAAUGAAAAAAUAGAAUAUUGCCAGAAUUAAUAUAAGAGACAAAUUGCUUAAAUCGCAUCUCAUCUCAUUAAUUCUUUCAGAAAUUAUUGUAAGGAAAAUUAAUAUUCUGUUAUUGAAAAUGAACUUUAAUAGUAACUAGAAAAAAAAAGGAAUCGUAAAAUUUUCACCAUUCAUGACUUAUAUGAACUUUAAUAUAAAAAUCAAAAUAGAUAAGAAUUUAUAGAUAAAUGGGAGGCUUAUUUAAGUUUAGGAUAUGCUGAAAAAAAUCUAAUGAACAAUAAAAAAAUUAAGAGUGAAAUAAAAAUAGAAUUAAAAACUAUUCUUAAUUAUUUGCUUUUUGAGAGUUAGGUUAAGAAUCCAAAAUAAAGCAUUUAUUGUUUAUGA